UGGAGUGCAGGAACAGAAAGUAUAAAGUUUUCAGUUUUGACACUUUAAUUUGUCUCCAAAUGUUUGCAUAACCCCUGCAAGAGAAAAGAGAGGAAUGUGAGCAGGAAGUGGAGGAAACUGCUGGGAUCUGGAAGUACUCAGGGUGGGUGGAAGAAGUCGUCUCUGAGCCACAACAAAGAGUGAAAAUGGGCAGUGACUACCAACUACUGUCUACAGCUGGAUCCUGCAGGAGUUUAUCCAUCGAAACACCGGAGUGCUUUAUAUGCCGGGAUGUUGAACUUCAAGCCAGUGACCCUUUGAGGAAUUUCUGUGACUGCAAAAAUCUACUUGCCCACCAUGCCUGUCUGUCCACGUGGAUCCAGAGGGGAUAUGGGAAUGAAGACAGACUGCGAUGUAUCAUCUGCAAGGCCAAGUACCAGCUCCAGUGGAGUUCUCCAUGGCGCUCGGUGAGCUUCCGGUGGCAGACGUGGCUUGUGCUGAUCACAGCGUUUGUUUUGCUGGGUCUGGUGCCGUAUGUCGUUCACUGCAUGAUGACCGUCUUCACCAGCCCUCCACCUCCCAGCACCUUUAAAGUGGCAGCAGCCUCUUUUGGUCUGCUGACAGAGAUCCUGCUCAUCAAGUGUCUGUCAAGCUACCUCAGCAGUCGUUACCGGCAGGCUGAGCAGAGCUCCUUCACAGUCCGGGCCAGGGGCUCUGAGGAAGACAGAGCGAGCCUGGGCCUUCGGGAUCAGUCCGAGGCCACUUCAGCAGCGGCAGGUCACGCUUCAUCAACGGCCGCACCCAGUCAAGUGGACGCGAGGAAAGUGGAUGUGUUGGAGAGUGGCUGUCUCAGCCUUUUCUAAACCACUCACAGGAGUUUACAAAGUAGAGAGCCAGAGUAAAUCCUUAGGGUAUUAGCUGUGUCUAACAGCCAUUCAAGGAAACACAUCAGUUUAUCAGUGUCAUUGAUGAAAUUUUACACUUUUGGAGCUAUUUAUAAAGUCUCAAAUGUUCUUGUUUUUCUCAAUGUCAAAACUUUGCACUUUAUUCAGUGAGUCUAUUCUCACAUAUUGCAAAUUGAAGAUAAGGCACAAAAUGCACGAGUGCUUGAGUGUGUUCAGGCUCAGAGAGGGAAAAAAGGGCUGAAAUCUCGCUUUCCUUAAUGAUGCCCACACAGAGACAAUGGGGCGCCGCUCUGAUUAGUGUCACCUGUCCUUGUGCAUCUCAUCAGCUCCAUUAUGGCUUCAUCUCCCAUGCUUCUUCUGCUAAUUGAAUAGCCUGUAAAGUGGUGACGAGGACGGGGGCGAGAGCAACGUCUGUCCCAGCGCUGCUGCAGAAAUGAGAGUAAAGCUUCCUAGUGAGACACGAGCUCCUAAAACAUAAACCAUUAUCAUACAGAUGGAGAAAGUGCCAACAAGUAGCCCUCAUGUUAUAUUACCAUCACAUUAUCAGUAUUUUCAUAUGGAACAGCUUUCAGUUUGCAUCUACUGUUUUGUGGGAGAUGCAAAGCUGCACUUUCUUUUCGUUAUAUCAGACAAGACGUUAAUUUUUGACGUAGCAGCAAGACGCUUACCAAUGUUUUUCAUGUUAUACUACUACAGAUAUAGAUAACAGUUCAAGUACAGAGAACUGGAAUAUUUGGUUAAAGCCUCUGCAUUUGUUGUUUGUCAACCAUAUCGUAUAUGUGAAAACCAAAAUCAAAACGUGACAUUGUCUAUUGACUCACAGCCACUGUAACUGAAGAUGUAAAUAUUUAAAAAUUAUCAUGAUAUAUUUUUUAGAAUUUCUCCAAGGCAAAACAUUUUCCCAAAAAUGCUGAGCACAAAUUCUUUAGUAAUGGUACGUCCUUUUUUCUAGGGGACUAUUUUCAGCCGUGGAUUCAUACACAUUUGCUGCACUAGCGAGUAUUUAUAUGCAGCGCCAUAUGACACAGGUGAUUAGACCACAUUCAUAUCUUUACCACUUUCUGUGUUCGCUGUAGUAAAGCUCCAUAUGUGUAUCGGCCACCACGGCCAACAAACUAAAUUCCAAUUGAUCGUAUGAAUCAACUUUAACAAGGCACUCAAGAAGAAGAUAAACUGAGUCCAGCUCCAAAAAUGUUACAUCCUACAUUAACUAAUAUGCAAACAAUAGCUUCUUUAUUGGCCCUUCAUGCUCAGUAAGUAGUUGUUUGUGCCACAAGCUUUUUGUUAUGAAUCUGGAAUCUACAUGUAGACAUCUCCUCCACUUUAUACAAAGUCUGUGCUGUAAAUAACUGUGUAACUCUGUAAAUACAUUUCAGUAGGGAACAUUUCUGUAUAUUAAACAUGUUGAAUAAUCAAAGGCUGUGAUACUAUAAACCAUCAAUAACUUUGCUAUUCAAAAAGUUUGGAAACAAAUAAAAAG